UGGCCGGUGUGAUUGAGGAAACCGGAACUGCCGCUGUAACCAUGAAGAAUUAUCAGGGUGGAUAUGAGAAAAUAGACCGUGAGCAGAGCCGAUAUCCCUUCUGUAUCGUCUGGACCCCGAUCCCCUUUCUCACGUGGUUUCUCCCCUUUAUCGGUCACAUGGGAAUCUGCACCUCUACAGGAGUCAUCCGAGACUUCGCCGGUCCAUAUUUUGUCUCUGAGGAUAACAUGGCGUUUGGAAAACCCACAAAGUACUGGAGGUUAGAUAAGAAUAAAGUGUACGGUGGAGGGGCGAGCGCCUGGGACACGGCUGUACACGACGCCUCUGAAGAGUACAAGCACAGAAUGCACAACCUGUGUUGUGAUAACUGUCACUCUCAUGUGGCCAUGGCUCUGAAUCUGAUGCACUAUGAUAACAGUACAUCGUGGAACAUGGUGAACCUGUGCUUACUGUCCUUCAUCUACAGUAAACACGUCAGCUUUGUUGGAUUUCUGAAGACGUGGCUGCCGUUCCUGAUGAUCUGUGGCAUCAUCGUCACCAUCACACUGGCCUUCAAACUGCAGUGAGCAUCAGUGGAUCCACGGGUGGAUGACCUGCUCACAGUGGGAAACAGCACACAGACCACCGGGUGGCGCUACAGCAUAAUCAACAGGCUUUACUGUAGCGCCUCACUCAGCCAAUCAUCGUUCAGUUCGGACUCUUCCUUCAGGGGUUUUUAUCAGGGCUUCGGGAUUCACGUCUAGUUUUAGUUCUGCUCGGUUGUUUAUUAUAUUUGAGGCUCAGUUCUGAUCCAGCACAUGAAUACAAACUCUGGAACACUGUGGGAGAGUGUCGCUGAGGCUUCUGAUCUCAUAAUACGACAGAAUAUCAGACACGUUCUGACCCCGUGUUCACACUAGCAGGUCUGAUGGAGAUCUGUACAGUCAGUGUCAGAACUGCAGGAGCAUCAGUCACAAACAUGAUGGAUAAACGGCAUCAGUAAACAUGGGGUACAAGUGGAGGCUCAGUCCUUACUAAAUACCCCAAAAGUACCUCUGCCCCCAAAAGUACCCACACCUCUAUGACCCGGUCACAACAAAAAUUCACCAGUAAAAACAUGUACAAAACACACAUGGUGUAAAAUACACAAAACGUGGAUCCCUGAGCAGUUUCUACCAGAUUUACGUUCUAAGGAUCUAAGGAUGUUUUCAAUCCACAAUAUUUUGUUGCAGCUGUGAAGUACGGUGCAGCGUCCACAAUCAUGAGGUCCAGUAAAUGCUUUAAUGCUUAAUUCUAUGGGACCAGGUGCACCUUACGGCGCAAACCCACAUUCCUGAUAAUGUUCCCGGUUGAUGGAAAUGAAUUGAAAUGACAAACUAAUGAUGUUUAUAACCUUGACUACUCCUUGGGUAAAACACACUACAUGUUGGUAGAAGCUAACAUGCCAGCGUUAUUGUAGAAACCAGCCUGACUACCCCAGCAAAAGUCACUCGUAAUUUACAGUGUAGAUUAGAAGUAGUAAUCAGAUUUCCUUCUGCAGACUGAACACCGUGUACAGGAACAGAUUAGGGAUUACACUACCUGCCGUUUUUACUUUUGUUCUUUUAAAAAAAUGAUGCACCCAGUUAAAAUGUUGGUCGUCUCUAUCAGGAGAAUCUCGGCUCUGUGCUGCACACUUUGUUUCAUGCUAGUGUGAACGCCGGGUCUGAUGGUUCAUGAUUGGAGUAAUUAUGAGAAUCAGCAUGUCAUCAGCAGGUAACGAGCAGAGACGGAUUAAUAAUCACAUUAUAAAUUAUUCUGAUCCUGUGUUGCAGAUGUAAGUUUCGUGCUAAAGGAAGAUGAUUUUCUUUUUCUCUUUGUUGCUUUUAUUAAUCAUUAUUAUGUAUUUAUAUAUUUUAUCUUAUACAGUUAAAAUAUAAUAACUCCAACAGAUUUCGCCGGCUGUGGUUUGUUUGGUUUGUAUUUUUCAGGAGGAAGUAUGAGGUUUGUGGCUGCUCGGUUGGCACAGCGCUCUCAUCCACUAUCCUUUAUAAGUCAUGGGGCAUCCACAUACAAACGAUUUGUUGUGUCUGAGGGAGGGAGGUUGAAGGUUGACGCUCUGUCUGUGAUAUGGUGAUAAUUCUGUGAGAUAAGCUGCGACUGGAUGCAUUUUGGAGUGGCGUGUGAUAGUCUGUGGCUCUCCUCGGACAGAACAUCAGGAAACUGGACACGAGUAGAUAAGGUAGCAAAGAGGGGAAAUGUAAAAAGAAAAUACAUUUUGCACACAGUUCAGAGAUCAUAACAAUGUUUGCUUUAAAUAUUGUAAUAUAAUCGAUGUUUCUAUUUACUUAAUGAUGAAUAAUUGUAUAAUGUAAAUAAAUCUUGGUAACUCA